CAGAUGGACUUGGGUCCUGGUUCUGGUGGCAGGUGGAAGCAGGUGCCAUACAUGCUGCUGACCAAUGCCAUGCAGAGGGGGAAAGGGGCAGAGUAAGAGACAGGUAAAAACCCUUCAGGUUGUACAAGCAACUUGGGUCGUGCUACAAGCUUGAAGCAGAGGGGCAAGCCCAUGAACUUGAACAUGACCUAUUGCACUUGGCGAGUCCCAGCAUCAUGCUCCUGAGGAAGCAGUAUGGGUUCAGGACCCGCCGACUACAAUUCCUCCUGCUAUUCCUGGUGCUGGGCUGUGUGCUGGUGAUGGUGGUGAUGCGGAACCCUGCCUCACACACCUCCCAUCAAACUGAUACUGUCCAGGCCAGCCAGCACAACCAUGCUGCGGCCAGAGACCGCCUGGACUUUGGGGACUCCCAGGAGUGGGUGCUGGAGGCAGUGGGGGAGGAGUACAGCCCCAUGGGGGACCUGCCAGAGUACAUCUCCCUGCGGGAGGAUGAGCUGCUGGUAGCCAUAGCCUCGCCCAGGGCCAGAAGGGACCGGAGCUGGGGCAGAAGAAGUGGCAGCUACCAGUUCAUCAAGCAGUCUCGCAGGAGGCAAGACGAGGAUGCCCCAGAGAGAGACUGGGCAGCUGAAGAGGAGGACGGGCAGAUGUCUGAAGCAGAAGUACCAACCUCACUUGGCCUGGACUUCAACGUGCUCCUGCAGGUGCAGAGGCCCCUACCUGAGGUGCGACACCCACUGUGUCUGCAGCAGCACCCAGGGGACAGCCUGCCCUUGGCCAGCAUCAUCCUCUGCUUCCACGACGAGGACUGGGCCGCUCUGCUGAGGACUGUGCACAGCAUCCUGGGCACGGCGCCCCGGGCCUUCCUGAAGGAGAUCAUUCUGGUGGAUGACCUUAGCCAGCAAGGACAGCUCAAGUCUGCCCUCAGUGAACACGUGGCCAGGCUGGAGGGCGUGAAACUGCUCAGGAGCAACAAGAGGCUGGGCCCCGUCGGGGCCCGAAUGCUGGGGGCUGCUAGGGCCACGGGGGACGUGCUGGUCUUCAUGGACGCCCACUGCGAGUGCCACCCCGGCUGGUUGGAGCCCCUCCUCAGCAGAAUAGCCAGUGACAGGAGCCGUGUGGUGUCUCCUGUUAUAGAUUCGGUUGACUGGAAGACUCUGCAGUAUCAGCCCUCCAAGGAGCUGCAGCGUGGGGUGUUGGACUGGAAGCUGGAUUUCCACUGGGAGCCUUUGCCAGAGCAUGAGAAGAAAGCCCUCCAGUCCCCCAUCAGCCCUAUCAGGAGCCCUGUGGUACCCAGAGAGGUGGUGGCUGUGGACAGACGCUACUUCCAAAACACAGGCGUAUAUGAGACUGUCACGUCACCUAGGGGUGGUGAAAACCUCGAACUGUCUUUCAAGGCCUGGCUCUGUGGUGGCUCGGUUGAGAUCCUUCCCUGCUCCCGCGUGGGCCAUGUCUACCAAGACUGGGAGGCCCACUCCCUGGUUGACCAGGAGGCCAUGCUGCGAAGCAAGGUCUGCCUCGCUGAGACCUGGCUGGGGUCUUUCAAAGAUACCUUCUACAGGCACAGUCCGGAGGCCUUCUCCCUGAGCCAGGCUGAGAAACCCCUCUGCCCGGAGCACUUACAGCUGCAAAGGCGACUGGGCUGUCGGACGUUCCACUGGUUCCUGGCCAACAUCUAUCCCGAGCUGUAUCCAUUGGGACCCAGGCCCAGGUUCUCCGGAAAGCUCCACAACACUGGCCUCAGCUUCUGUGCAGACUGCCUGGCAGAGGGGGACAUCGUGGGCUGUCCCAUGGUGCUGGCGCCCUGCAGUGACAGCCGGCAGCAGCACUGGGAGCACACAGGCGGAAAGGAGAUCCACCUGCACAGCCCGUGGCACCUGUGCCUGGGUGUCAGGCGAGAGCAGGUGGUCCUGCAGAACUGCACCGGGGAAGGCCCUGCCGUCCAUCAGCAACACUGGGACUUGCAGGAGAAUGGGAUGAUUGUCCACGUUCUUUCUGGGAAAUGCCUGGAAGCUGUGAUGCAAGGAGACCACAAAGAUCUGCGCUUGCGCCUCUGUGAUGGCAAAGCCAGCCAGCUGUGGCGGUUUGACCAAGCCAGUGCUGUAGAUGAACGGUGAAUGCCAAUGCCAAAGCAGAAGUUGGGCUGCCAGGGGUCAACCCCCAGGGAACUAAAAGGGCAUGCGUGUUUCAGAAAGUCAAUCCUUUUCUGCUUGUGCUCCUAGGGAUAGAAGAAAAUCCCAUCAAAGGAUGUAGGGAAUCUCUCCUUCUCAUAAAUGAUUUCGUUGAUUGCUUGGUGUUUUCAAAGAAGGUUAAAAAUGAAUUCAUCAUCAUCAUCACUGGGAGAUGGUCAUUACUGACAUGGAAGAUUCUUUUCCCACUGAGUGCCCAGCAACUGCUUGAAUUUCUGAGUAGCCAACAAUCCUGCACACUCUUGGGCAGCACCUGCAGGAUACAUCAGUCCAAUGAAUUUUCUUAGUCUUCGCAGUCUUAUCUUGGAUUAUCUGUGGCCAACCAUGAAAACUAAAGAGGGCCUGCCGUGGUAGCCUGGAAGCUAAAGUCCUCACCUUGCACACGUUGGGAUCCCAUAUGGACACCAGUUCAUAUCCCAGCUGCUUUACUUCCCACCCAGCUCCCUGCCUGUGGCCUGGAAAAGCAGUGGAGAAUGGCCCAAAGCCUUGGGACCCUGCACCCAUGUGGAAGACCUGGAAGAGGCUCCUGGCUCCUUACUUCGGAUUGGC